UAGGGGUUGAAAAGGCACUGAUUUGUUUCUAAGCUGAAACCGUCAUCAUGUCUAAAGAGGUGAAGGAACUCCAGAAACGGUGGCACGUGGUGAUGGAUACAGUACAUAGCAACUCUCAUGUUGUUGCUUUUAUGAACUCCAGAGUUGGCCAGUACCUUGAUGAUCAUCCUUUCGCUGCCCUCUCCUUGCUGGUAUUUAUUGCAGCCUCAGCGAUUCCAAUUGCAUUUUUUCUGGUUUUUGUCGUCACUACAACCGUCCUGGCUUGCAUCGGAGUGAUCGUCAUGGAAGGUUUCGUAAUAUCCCUGGGUGGGGUCACUUUGCUGUGCAUUCUUGGAGGACUGGGCAUGCUGUCACUGGUGGUUUCCGGAGUGCUGAGCGUUUGCUACCUGUCUCUUACAACCCUGCUCAGCUACUGGCCCAUUCAAGAGGGCCUGUCAAAGAAAGAGAUUGCCAAUGGAAGCAGUUUUGUCUCAAGCAACCUUUGUGACGAAGAUGCAGAAGCUACUAACAAGGAGUGAAUAAAUUGGAUAGCUGCUUGAAAUGUUUCUUACAGUGGCACUUUAAAAAAUGUAGCUGGGAAGGCAUCCUUGUUACUCUGUAGAAUUGUUUACCUCUCUCAAGAUGAUCAGGGUUCAGCUCCUUAUUAUGGGAAUUGGAGACAAAUGUUUCCCAAGGCUGCCACUGAGGCAGCCGAGCCCUCGUCAGUUUAUUUAGGGAACCUGAAUUUCUCGGCAGCUUUUAGGCAAGGCUUUCGUGCACGGGUGCUCCCGCAAUGGCUGGUUUCCAGCUCAUUCGCUCUUCACUUUGACAAGGCAAGGAACACAAUGACAGUGUUGAUUUCAAUGAGGGGAGUGGGAUGGGGGGAUCUCUCUAAGCCUGACGACAUUGCUGGUGAUGGCGAGCAGAACAGAAAUACAGGCACUGGCGAAGACCCCAUUAAAGCAGGUGUUUUUCUUUUUGUGUUUUGGUUGGAGGUCAAACAUUUUUGGUUGUUUCUAGGGCAUUUGGGAAUGAUGUUCUGCCAUUUGUUCGUUUCUCAUUGUGCUAGGCAUCUAGCAGCUUUGCAGAAUGCCAGAUGGUUAAGCACAGUGCCUUCUUUUAUGCAGGUUUUAGAAUACAGGUCAUUCUAGCUCUGGUUUGCAUAUUUUCAUUUUUUUUAAACUAUUAAUGUGUUUUCCUCCUGCUUUGAUGGAAAGCUGUCAUCAGAUACUUUUGCCAGUAAAUCAUUACUUUUCAUCCAA